AUGGCAAGCCCAACUUCUGGCUACUCGAUUAAUGUGAACGAUCCUACCUUGAUCUCACUUGUCAACAAGCUCCAGGAUGUGUUCUCAACAGUUGGGGUCCACAACCCUAUCGAUUUGCCCCAGAUCGUUGUUGUCGGUUCACAGUCAAGCGGAAAGAGUUCAGUGCUAGAGAACAUUGUUGGUCGCGAUUUCUUGCCUCGAGGAUCAGGAAUUGUUACUCGACGACCCCUCAUUCUGCAACUGAUCAACAAGCCUGCGAGCCCCGAGACGAACGGCGACAAGAAGGUCGAAACUACCGACAGCGAGUCCAACGUGGAUGAAUAUGGUGAAUUCUUGCAUAUCCCCAACCAGAAGUUCUACGAUUUCAACAAGAUCCGAGAGGAGAUUGUUCGAGAGACAGAGACCAAGGUUGGCAAGAACGCCGGCAUCUCGCCUGCUCCUAUUAACUUGCGCAUUUACUCGCCCAAUGUCCUUACCCUUACCCUCGUGGAUCUUCCUGGCUUGACCAGAGUACCUGUCGGUGACCAGCCCAAAGAUAUCGAGAAGCAGAUUACGGACAUGGUCCUAAAGCACAUCAGCAAGCCCAAUGCUAUCAUUCUGGCUGUCACGUCUGCCAACCAGGAUUUGGCCAACUCUGAUGGUCUGAAGCUGGCUCGACAGGUUGACCCUGAAGGUCAGCGCACUAUCGGUGUGCUGAGUAAGAUCGAUCUGAUGGACGAGGGCACCGACGUGGUGGAUAUUCUCGCUGGACGGAUUAUUCCCUUGCGCCUGGGCUAUGUGCCUGUGGUCAACCGUGGCCAGCGUGACAUUGAGAACAAGCGUCCUAUUGCCUACGCAUUGGAGGCCGAGAAGGCUUUCUUUGAAAACCACAAGGCCUACCGCAACAAGGCUUCAUACUGCGGUACCCCCUACCUUGCCCGCAAGCUCAACCUGAUCCUUAUGAUGCACAUCAAGCAAACCCUGCCCGAUAUCAAAGCCCGUAUUUCCUCUUCUCUCCAGAAAUAUACUUCGGAGCUGUCCCAGCUAGGCGAUUCGCUGCUGGGCAACAGCACCAGUAUUAUCAUGAAUAUGAUCACUGAAUUCAGCAACGAAUACCGUACCGUUCUGGAGGGUAAGAGCCCUGAACUUUCGAGCGUUGAGUUGUCCGGCGGUGCUCGUAUCAGCUUCGUCUUCCACGAACUCUACUCAAACGGCGUCAAGGCCGUUGAUCCUUUUGAUCAAGUGAAGGAUGUUGAUAUUCGCACCUUCCUAUACAACUCUUCCGGUUCUUCCCCAGCCUUGUUUGUUGGUACGACCACCUUCGAGAUCAUCGUCAAGCAGCAAAUCAAGCGGUUGGAAGAUCCUAGUGUGAAGUGCAUCUCACUGGUCUAUGAUGAGUUGACGCGCAUCCUCGGCCAGUUGUUGAACAAGCAGAUGUUCCGUCGAUAUCCCAUGCUUAAGGAAAAGUUCCAUGCGGUUGUGAUUGCUUUCUUCAAGAAGUGCAUGGACCCCACCAACAAGCUCGUCAAGGACCUUAUCGCCAUGGAGACCACAUAUAUCAAUACUGGUCACCCUGACUUCCUUAACGGACACCGCGCCAUGACUAUCGUGAACGAACGCCAGCAGGCCUCAAAGCCUACUCAGGUCGACCCGAAGACUGGCAAGCCUUUGCCGCCGCGCUCCCAGAGCCCCUCUUUGGAUACGACGGGCGAGGCCGCUAAUGGAAGCUCCUUCUUUGGCAGCUUCUGGGCCUCCAAGAACAAGAAGAAGAUGGCUGCAAUGGAGGCUCCACCGCCAACUCUCAAGGCUUCUGCCAGUCUUUCCGAGCGUGAAGCCACUGAAGUCGAGGUUAUUAAGCUUCUCAUCACCUCCUACUUCAAUAUUGUUAAACGCACCAUGAUCGAUAUGGUUCCCAAGGCCAUCAUGUAUACCUUGGUGCAGUUCACCAAGGAUUCCAUGCAAGCCGAGCUGAUUGAGAACAUGUACCGCCAAGCCGACCUCGAUGACCUGCUCAAGGAGAGUGACUACACCAUCCGGCGACGGAAGGAGUGCCAGCAGAUGGUUGAGAGCCUGUCUCGUGCCAGCGAGAUUGUCAGCCAGGUCCAGUAG